AUGUCUCGCCGAGCUCCCAAGGGCGAGUACAUCGAGACCGACACAGGUAACAAGGUCGCACGUAAAGCUGUCCUCGUCGGUACUCAAAACAUCAUGCUCGGCGGCAAGACCGUCAUUCAACCUGAAGUCAUGAUCCGCGGUGAUCUCGCUCGAACAGCCACAUCGUCAUCCUCUGGCAGCUCGCCAGCCAACAACACAGCCGUCGCCAUCGGCCGAUACUGCUUCCUGGCUCGAGGUGUCCUGCUGCGUCCACCGGGCCGCAUAUACAAGGGCGCUUUUACAUACAUGCCCCUACGCAUAGGAGACCACGUCUUUGUUGGCCAAGGGACAGUAGUGCAAGCUGCAGCUGUGGGAAACCACGUACAGAUUGGAAAGGGGUGUACGAUUGGAGAAUUUGCUAUUUUAAAGGACUACGUCAAGGUGUUGGAUGGGACGGUUGUGCCGCCAAGUAUGGUCAUUCCGAGCUUUUCUAUCGUUGCGGGACAGCCGGCUCAGGUUAUCGGGGAGAUCCCUGAGGGAGGUUAUGAUGAAUUUGAGUUGAGGGAUAUGUACAAGACGAACGACACCAUCAACAGUCAACAAGCCUCAGCCAUGUCUCCCCCCGAGCUCCCCUCCAAGCUUGUCACCGUCCCCUGGUACGAGGCUCUCAACGUCGAGGCCUACUCGCGCAGAUCCGAGUCAUAUCCAGCCCCUUUCGCUCUGACCGUCCCUCACGCCAUCAUCCGAAACACUCAUCUCUACAACCAGCUCCGCUACGCUCACGAGCUCGACAACCGAUCCCUCAAGGACGUCAUCGCUCCUCUCUGUGAAGAGAUCGCGCAGUAUCAGAAGCAAGACAACAAUGAGAUGUACGGCCUCUCCAAGACCAUCGUCAUCAAGUACGGCGAGACUUCUCUCCGCGUCAUCCGUCGUAUGUGGGACCUCAACCUGGUCUACAACUCUCGCCCUGAGAUCCCUGGCGACAUCCCUCUUGUUUUCUCUCAGGGCACUUGGUCUGGUACCCUCCGCGACACUGUUCUGUACCGUAUUCAUUAUGCCGAGGACUUCAAGAUUGCGAAUCACAACCAGUUCAAGAACGGUGCUUACGUCACCGACGUCCUUACUCAAGAUCACCGCGACCGAGUCGAACGUGCCGACAAGGAACGUGAGGUCCUGUCCGCUGUUUGGCAAGAAGUGACUGAAAACUCUAAGCUCAAAUUCUCCAGCUCUACGUGCCUAGGCAUGACAAAGGAGUCUGCCCUGGAACUCUGCGCCGAGACUGUCGAAACCUUCCAUGAGAGUCUUGAUAGAAUCUCAGAUGACAAGGAGUAUGAGAUUUAUCAUGGGGAUACAGAAGAGAUUCACCGCCAUCAGGCCCGUCAGCUGUUGCAUAUUGCCGCCCGAGCAGCUGCCAACUGGGAACCUCGACAGCCUGGAUCUUCGGACAAUAUUCUUGCUGUGUACUGUGAAGACAUGCUCCGACGCCGUAGGAACGAGAUCCGCAAGCAGAAUGCAGAACUGCGACAGCAGCUUGAGGCCAUUCUUGGAGAUACUCGUGGAGGACAGGUCGGGAUGGGCAGCGAUGGUGAGAGCGAAUAUGACAGCGAUGAUGAGUCUGAGGAUUCUGAAGAUUCUGAUGUUCCUAUGUUUGGCCACUACAACUAA